CCCUUUACCCCGAUAAUUCUAACAUAACACCUCCACCCCGAAAGCCAAUACCACCGAAGAAAGAAAAAAAAAAAACCUAAAACAAAAAGCUCCUUGAUCAUCACCACCUAGGGUCUAUUUUUUUUUUUUUUUCCUAUUUCAUCUUUAUCAUCAAUCAACCAUGACAGGCAAAGCCAAACCCAAGAAGCACACGGCCAAGGAAAUCGCCUCCAAGAUCGACGCCGCCACAACCAACCGAGGGGGCGGCAAGGCUGGAUUAGCUGACCGUUCGGGGGUGGAUAAGGGUGGACAUGCCAAGUUCGAGUGUCCUCAUUGCAAAACAACCGCUCCAGAUUUGAAAUCGAUGCAGAUUCAUCAUGAUGCCAAGCAUCCCAAGAUUCCCUUUGAGGAGUCAAAGCUUGUGAAUCUUCAUGCUAAUCAAGUUGUUGAGUCUUCCAAGCCUCGUCCUGGUGUUAGGGGUAGCCUUAAAAAGUGAAAAAAAUUUGCUGUUUUGUUUAAGAUUUCGUGUUUUGGGGAUGUUAGGGAAUCUGGGUUUGGUUCCUUUUUCUUUUUUCCGUUUUAAUUGUUUGUCAUGGUACUAGUAGAGAUGGGAAAGAGCAAGGGGGUUUGGGGGAAAGAAGGUUGGAUUUUUUUUGUAAGGCCUCCCUUGAUUAUGAUGUAUAUUAAUCCAUCUUGAUUAUGAUGAUGAUAAUGUUAUAACUUAUUCACCUAAUGCUAAUGAAAAGUCUGUGGAAUAUGUGGUUCUUGUCU